AUGGCCAAACGAACGCCCGUCUACUUUGUUUCUCAUGGUGGCCCGAACACCAUGUUCGAAACCGAACACCCGGUCUACCCCCAGCUCCAACGGAUCGGUCGCGAGAUCACGCAGCAGGUGAAGCCGGCGGCGAUCGUGGUCUUCUCGGCGCACUGGCAGGCCGCGCGACCCAACACGAUCGAAGUCAACGUCGCCGAGGACGAGCCGUUGCUCUACGACUUCUACGGAUUCCCGCGCAACUACUACACCGAGAAGUUCCCCAACAAGGGCUCGACGAAGCUGGCCCAGCACGUCAUCGACGUCCUCGCGGAGCACGGGAUCAAGACCCAGAAGGAGGAGCGGGGGCUCGACCACGGCGUCUUUGUCCCCUUCAAGGUCAUGUUCAACCCCGACACAAACCCGGUGAACGUGCCCAUCGUGCAGGUCAGUCUCUUCGACGACCACACCGACGCGGCGGCACACAUCAAACUCGGGCAGGCCGUCCAGAAACUCCGCGAGGAGAACGUCCUCAUCAUCUGCUCCGGCAUGAGCGUGCACAAUCUGCGGCAUUUCAUGAUGUUGGGCGGGGGUGGGAACAGGACCAUGCCCUACGCGGUGACUUUUGACGAGGCGUUGAAGGUGGCGGUGGAAACGACGCCGGGGGAGCAGAGGGAUGAGGCGAUGAUCGGGUUAUUGGAGAGGGGCGACGCCAGACUCGCCCAUCCCACCUUUGAGCAUCUCCUGCCCAUUCACAUCGCGGCGGGUGCGGCGGGGACGGAUCAAGGGAAGCAACUGUGGACGCUGCAGGAAGCGAGCAUGGGCUGGGCGCAAUACAGGUUUGGAGAGGUGGGAGCUUCUUGA